AUGGAAGGCGCGGAUAGUAAUUUUCGCAACCAUGCGAAUUCCGCCGCGUUCCCCGACGUAAUGAACGACCCAGCCUACGACGAAAGGGAAAAGGGUUUCGACGACCUAGACACAUGCCGGAUAUGUCACGGCGAAGCUACAGAUGAAGAGCCGUUGUUCUAUCCGUGCAAGUGCAGCGGUAGUAUCAAAUUUGUUCACCAAAUUUGUCUCGUGGAAUGGUUGUCGCAUUCGCAGAAGAAACACUGUGAGCUGUGUAAAACGCCAUUUCGGUUUACGAAGCUUUACGACCCGAACAUGCCCCAGAGCCUUCCCGCGCCUCUAUUUCUAAAGCAAGCUUUGAUCCAAUGCUUCCGCUCAUUGCUUACUUGGAUGCGAUUUGUUCUUGUCGCCUUCGUUUGGCUAGGAUGGUUACCCUGGUCCAUGCGCGCAAUUUGGAGAGCACUGUUUUGGCUUGCCGAUGGCCGCUGGUCUGCCACUGAAAAUGCUCGGGUCCAGGCUGCACAAGCUACCAAAGAAGGACUUGGACAACUGCUCUCAAACGGCAGCACUGUCAAUGCUGCUGUAGUUGGCGCGGUCUCAACGGUUUCCAGUGCGGCUAUCUCGUCUGCCACUGCUGCACCUUCGGCGCCGCCAUCGAUUCUUGAUUUUGCAGCCGGCGAGCCCCUCAUGCUUACCGUGAUAAAGAAGCUUGUCCCUACUCUGUUCAUACCCGCAUUCACCUCGACCGUCGGGCAAAAUAGCGCAGACAGCAACGCUGCGGCUAGCCCAACCAAACUACGGUACCCAUCAUGGCUUUCGGAUGUCAAAUUUCUGAACUCUCUGACGCCGUAUCCCACGAUCAACAACAUGAUCAUCGAUACAUUGGAGGGCCAGCUGAUAACACUUCUUGUGGUUGUGGCAUUCAUCCUACUCUUCCUAAUCCGAGAGUGGGUUGUUCAACAGCAACCCAUGGCCAAUAUCGCAGAAGGAGAGCGCGAGGCGGCUCUCCAGUUGAUUGCCAAUGCCAACAAUCGGAUUAAUGAACGAUUUGCCGAGGAAGGUGGAUUCGGACAUCCAGAACCCGCUCUUGCCGAGGCCCAGAAUCCAGCGAACAAUGAGAAUGCUGAGGUCCAUGAGCUCGACCAUGAUCAUCCGCCGCACUUUCGUCCGCCCUCCCCAGCUCCAUCUUGGACCGAUUCGGAAGAUGGUCCUUUCGGCCUUGAGACCGAUGCACGAGAAUUCGAUGCCCUCAACCCAGAAACUGAAACUGACGAUUCCGCUCCCACUGCUAGGGCCCUAGCCUUUCGAGAAUUGGUGGCUCGGACUCAUGGCAACCAUGAUGAAAUGCUGCGCAUCCUCCGGGAAGAGGCUCACGGGGACGAUCUUGAUUGGAUUGUAAAUGACAUGACCGGAGCCACCAUAAACAGGGGCAUUCCAGAAGGACCGUCUAACCGGCCCCAGGAUGCGGACGACGGGGAACUUCCUGACAGUGGCGAUGUCUUCAAUGCUGGAGAGGAAAGUUUCAAUGGCCAUCAACAAGAUGUCGAGGGUGAACGUACAGUCGCGGACAAUCAGUCGCCCAUUGCUGCCAACGAUACUCCCGCUUUCAAUGAACAGGCGGCCAAUCGACCACCACAAGCCAUUGCCGAGAGAAUUAUUGAUUGGUUCUGGGGUGACAUCACACCGGCAGAGAGGGACGCAGAUGAUUUAGUCCCCGAGGAUGAGGAGCACAUCGUUCAGGACCCGGCUUUAGAAGACCCAUUUGUGCCCCUACCAAACCGCAUGAUGAACGAACCAGGCGAAGCAGAAGCUGAUGCUGCUGCGGCCGCGCAAGUUGGGUUGGACCCUAACGACAUGGAAGCAAUCGAAGGCGAUGAUUUUGAAGGAAUUAUGGACCUGAUCGGCAUGCAAGGUCCUAUUUUCGGACUGUUCCAAAAUGGCGUCUUUUGUGCCCUUCUAAUUGCCUUCACAGUUGCCAUUGGUAUAUGGCUUCCUUACCUCUGGGGCAAAAUUGCCCUAGUGUUGUUGGCCAACCCAUUGGAACUGAUCAUUGGUGUUCCUAUCACUGCGGUCGAAGUCGUCGCGAAUGUCGCUCUCGACACACUUAUUGGUGUUGUGGGAUAUGCGUUGUACUGGUUCACGUUUGUGUUCAAAGUUCUACUAAGUCCACUCGGUGGACUUAUUCCCAUCGGAGAAUGGAUUCCUCGCGACAAAUCGGUCACCAGUGCAUCGCUUUCUCUCAUAGAAGCUAGCAGUCGCCGUUUGAACAAGGUUAUUAAAGCGUUUCUGGCCUUUCACGAAUCUGACAUACCAAUGUUUUCAGUUCUCUCGCACCAAGCGCUCAAGCUACACCAGGCUCGUUUCAGUGCUGUCUGCCAGUCUGUAUUUGUCACCGUGAAGUUCAUUGUGCACGACCUACCACUCCGAAUCGUGACGCUAGGCGUACCAGGUGCCUUGUCAUUUGAAUUCGAUAUUUCAUACCUGAUGCAUUACGCCGGUCAAGUCCAACAGCAAUUCAUCGAUUUCGGCAAAUCAGCCUUCUCGUCUAUAUUAGGAAAGAGGUUGAUGAAUGCAAGCGCAGCAAAAGCUGCCUCAACAGCAGCGACCGUUGACUAUGAAUUGGCGGUCUGGGAUUCCAAGGAUCGUGCCAUUGCCAUUUUGAUGGGCUAUGUCCUUGCAUCCAUGAUUGGGCUCCUAUAUCUCCGGAUCACUGGGCUAAUGACACGCGCCAACGGUGGUCAAAGAAUCGAGGGUCUAGUUGCUGAAGUGCUUAUCCAAGCCGGGGGAGUCAUGAAAGUCAUUCUCAUCAUCGGAAUUGAGAUGAUUGUCUUCCCUCUGUACUGCGGCAGUCUUCUUGAUCUAGCUUUACUCCCGCUCUUUUCUGAGGCUACGGUCGUUUCUCGUGUUGCGUUCACAGCCGCCUCGCCCCUCACAUCCCUUUUCGUGCAUUGGUUCGUUGGCACUUGCUACAUGUUCCACUUUGCCCUAUUCGUCUCUAUGUGCCGGAAGAUUCUACGGAGUGGUGUCCUUUACUUCAUCCGCGACCCCGAUGAUCCGACUUUCCACCCGAUACGCGAUGUUCUCGAAAGGAGCAUCACCACUCAGCUUCGCAAGAUUGGGUUCAGUGCCCUUGUUUAUGGUGCACUGGUUAUUGUCUGUUUAGGAGGAGUUGUUUGGGGCCUGCAUUUUGCACUCGAUGACGUUCUCCCGAUCCACUGGUCGGCCAGUGCGCCAAUGCUCGAGUUCCCGGUUGACCUUUUGUUUUAUAAUUUCGUGCUACCGGUAGUCAUCCAAUCUUUCAAACCAUCGGAGGGGUUGCAUGAAUUGUAUGACUGGUGGUUCCACAAAUGCGCUCAUUUCCUGCGCCUCAGCAACUUUUUCUUUCCGGAAAGACACCUGGAGGAAGAAGGUUACCAUGUCCGAAAGUCGUGGUGGGGCCUGUUGUCUGGCAGCAAGGGUGAUUGGGAACAUCCAGUCAUCGGUGAUGAUCAACGGGCUGCAGCCGAGCAGGAAAACCGUGAUGUCUAUUUCCUGCGCGAUGGUCGAUAUGUGCGAGCCCCUGGUUCAGACCAGGUCCGCAUCCCGAAAGGCAACCGUGUUUUCUUGGACGUCACCGAGGAUAAUGAACGUGUCGACGGAAAGCCAGAUCUUGCCGAUGGGCUACACGGACGAUCCAGUAUCAUGUUCACCAAGGUAUACAUUCCUCCUUUCUUCCGGACUCGGAUCGCUGCCUUUAUCCUCUUGAUUUGGCUGUUUGCCGCCACUACUGGAGUAGGCAUCACUAUUGUUCCGCUGAUCAUUGGUCGGAGAAUUAUCAUGUCAUACUCGUCUAAUUCGGCACCGGUGAACGAUGUUUAUGCCUUCUCUAGUGGCCUUUGUGUAGUUGGUGCGUUUGUCUACCUGGCCUACCACUCUCGCACUGCAUUCCAAGUUGCGCGAGAGCAUGCCGGUGUAUAUCUUCGAUCCCCUCGCCAGGCAGGCCAGAUUAGCCUGGAGCUCGUGAUGCACGUUGCUCGGCUGGUUUACCUCGUCACCGUUGCCAUCAUUAUCCUCCCAUCACUCUUCGCGCUUCUCACUGAACUCUAUAUAUUGAUCCCUGCGCACACCCUCUUUGGAGAUGGACAGUCGCAUGUGGUUCAUGUGGUUCAAGACUGGGCGCUCGGCGUGCUAUAUGUUCAGAUGGCCAUCAAGUUGACUCUGUGGCAACCUCAUUCCUGGGCCGCUGCUGUGAUCAAUGGCAUUUUCAAGGAUGGCUGGUUGAAACCCAGUGCUAGCCUUGCUACUCGAGCCCUGGCCAUUCCAUUUUUCUUGUUUACCGCCGCUGCUGUCACUUUGCCAUUGUCAUUUGGGUUCAUUGUGCGUUGGUCAUUCUUUUAUUCUAGCACCGGAGUGCAGCCUAAUAUUUACCGCUACGCCUACCCCACCACACUGUUGAUUGUGCUGUCCGUAUGUCUCUCCCAUAUAAUUCUGAGACGAGUGGCGGCCUGGCGCACCAACAUUCGCGAUGAAGUUUAUCUCAUUGGGGAACGCCUGCAUAAUUUCAGUGAGAAGCGGGCGCGGGACGUCGGGGUGUCGCGAGUGAUGACUGGAUAA